AUGCCUUCUUUGGGUCGUCCAGUUCAUGUGUGGAAGAUUGUUGCUCGUCCGUCACCUCUAAUCUCUGUCAGACAUCGUUCCCAAUUACGUCAAAGCGCCUCGACGGUUGCCGCAACAGGUACCCCUCCCGCAGCAUUAUCGAAAGAGGUCGAUCGAUGUUAUAACAAGCUAGAUCUCCAGUUCGAUAAUGGAAAGGAAGCCUUCAAGGUAAUUUGAAGAAAAAAUGUUACUUUCUUAUGUUUAGAGUAAAUCAAAUUGGGAAUUGUUUCGUGCAUUAUUGGUACUUCACGCCUGUGGAGUUAAUUAUUUGGUCCAGCAUAACCAACAAAUCUUGUCCGCACUGAGGAAAGCUGUGGGGCCGACAUUGUUUAAGAAGAUCCUCAAGUCAACCUUCUAUGGACAUUUUGUGGCCGGCGAGAGACGUCAAGAGGUUGGUGAAACAGCGAUUUGGCUGCGUAGGUUGUAUAGCAAAAAUGCUGUGAUAAGGUCAAAUUCCUCUAGUUUUGAGAUGGUUUCUACUACCUGAGCCGCUCCUUAAUAUGACCUCAUAUCACAUAAAACUUUGCCAAUCAGACGCAACGCAAGGCGGUAUGUCGGGGCUACGUUUCUCUUCCAUCAGUUGACCUUUAUUAUUUUAGGUACUCCCGGUGGCAGACAAAUUGGCUCGAUUUGGAGUAAAAUCAAUAUUGGAUUACAGUGUGGAGAGCGAUAUUACUCAAGAAGAAGCUGAAGAAAAGGCAGUCGAAGGGAUUAUCGGCGAGGAGAGUAUUCCUGAAGUUAUUGCCACCCAAAAGUUCGUAGAUCAAAAGCAAGUUGAUGCUACCCAUCAAAGGUACUCAGUGCACAAAGAGUUUGGUGAUCGUCGUGUAGAUGUUGUCAGCGCGAGGUAAGUGCCCUUUUCCGAUUUACGGAUUUCGUCUCUUCUUUAGAACAUACUUUUACCAAGGCGAACGGGAAUGUGAUAAGAAUGCGGAUAUCUUCUGCAAUAGCAUUGACGCAGUCAAAGAAGCAACGAAAGGACAGGGCUUUGUGGCUAUUAAAUUGACAGCUCUUGGAAGGCCUCAACUUCUCUUAAAACUCUCUGAAACUAUUGCUCAAACUCAGCAUUUCUUCAAGGCUUUGACUGGAUCCACUUGGGAAAAUAUGGUCCUCAGUAGAAUCAGUGAAGAAGAUUUCCAAAGACGGCUUAAAGAGUUUGGAAUCAAGACCGACAGCAAGUUCGUCAAGGAAUGGUUCAAAAUGGCAGAUUUUGACGCUGAUGGUUUCGUCGAUUUCUACGACUGGGGCCGGUUAUUGGAUUUGAGUGAGGACAUGACCAUGUUCCAAGUAUUUAAUAUUAAGACCGGUAAUCUGGAACCUCUGAUUGUCAACUUGAGUCCAAAUGAGUUGGAAGAAUGCAACAACAUGAUGCAAAGAUUGGUCAGGGUAGCUGAUCAUGCCAAAGACCAAGGCGUUCGAAUUAUGGUCGAUGCUGAACAGACUUAUUUCCAGCCCGCUAUCUCUCGUUUGGCUGUGGCGUUGAUGCGGAAAUACAACAAGGACGGAGGGAGAAUUCUGAAUACUUAUCAGGCCUAUUUAAAGAACGCUUUGACUAAUAUGAAGAUAGACAUGCAUCUGGCCAGGAGGGAGAACUUCCAUUUUGGUUGUAAAUUGGUGCGAGGAGCCUAUAUGGAACAGGAACGGAAGAGAGCCGAGGCUGUCGGAUAUGAAGAUCCCAUCAAUGUCAAUUACAAUGUGAGAUUAUUUAUUUCUUUUUUUGACAUAAAUAUGUACCUUUGCAGGCAACCACCCAAAUGUACCAUCGUUGUUUGGAUGCCAUUGUUCAAGAACGAGCAGAGAGAGGACCCGGAACAGUCUCGGUUAUGGUAGCCACACACAAUGAGGAGUCUGUCAGAUACGCCGUCCAGCUGAUGAAAGAUAAUAACAUAGCUCCAAGUGAACGAUCCAUUUGUUUUGCUCAACUCUACGGAAUGUGCGAUCAGGUGUGUGAUCUGUUGCAGUUGGUUGAAUGUUCUAUACCACUCAUAUGAUUAAUGACUGCUUUAUAGGUGUCAUUUCCUCUGGGACAAGCUGGGUUCUCUGUGUACAAGUAUCUUCCCUAUGGUCCGGUGGAAGAUGUACUUCCUUAUCUCUCCAGAAGAGCUCAGGAGAACGGCAGUCUCUUAAAGACGGCUGGAAAGGAACGUUCGAUGCUGUGGCAGGAAUUGAAGCGUCGUCUGACGUCUGGCCAAUUCAUCUAUCACACUCCGGCGUCAAUCUGA